AUGGAGCUUCCAGAAUGUUAUUACCCAGACCUUAACCUCACGUGCAACGAUGACAAUGAAAAUGAACAUUUUCUCAAGGCCAGCAAAAUCUUUCUGCCCUGUAUGUAUGCAUUAGCUUUUGCCUUUGGGCUGAUAGGAAAUUCUUUGGUCCUUAUCAUAUACAUUUUCUGUGAGAAACUGAAGACAUUGACGGAUGUAUUUUUAGUGAGCUUGGCUACAGCAGACUUGCUUUUCCUUUCCACCUUGCCAUUCUGGGCAUAUUCUGCUGCUCACGAGUGGAUUUUUGGCUCCUUGAUGUGUAAAAUUAUACGGGGCCUGUACACUUUGAAUCUGUACACUUCAAUGUUAACGCUCACUUGUAUAACUAUUGACAGGUUUAUUGCUAUUGCCCAAGCCACAAAAGCCCACAUGUGUCAAGCCAAAAGAAUGGUUUGGGGGAAAGUCAUCUGCAUUUUAGUUUGGGUGAUUUCACUAGCAUUUGCAAUGCCACAAUUUAAAUACAGUAGACAAUCGAACUACGAUAAGUCAGUCUGUCAUGCAAUAUACCCUUCACAUCUCAUAGAGUUGGUUUUUAAAGUACUCCAAAUGACCCUUGGAUUCUUUAUCCCCAUGCUAACCAUGAUUAUCUGCUACUCAAUAAUUAUCAAAACUUUACUUCAUGCCAGGAGUUUCCAAAAGCACAAAUCCUUAAAAAUAAUAUUUUCUAUAGUAGUGGUGUUCAUUCUUACUCAGUUACCCUACAAUUUAUUGAUACUCAUACGCAAUAUACAUGUGGAAUUCAACCUGGACUACAAUUUCGACUCUGCGGUGGUCAUAACAGAAGCAAUUGCUUAUCUCCAUGGCUGUCUCAACCCCAUUCUGUAUUUCUUUAUUGGGGUGAAGUUCAGGAAGAACUUCCAGAAAAUCAUUAAGAACAUCAGAUGUGUUAAGCGCCAAGGUAUCGUGAAGCAAUGGCAAACCACUGAAGAGGAGGGCUCGAAAACUUGUACUGCCUCACCCAAUGUAGAAGCAACAAGCAUGUAUCCAUUAUAA